AUGGCACCCCCAAAGCAAAUAUUCAAAUGUAUUGGUAUCGUUGGAGCGGGAAAUAUGGGAACUACGAUGGCAUAUGGCUUCGCUGAAAGGGGGAUCAAAGUAUCACUCUGGGAUGUUAAAGCUGAGAAUGUGGACAAUGUGAUGAACAAAGUUGAGGGAGAAAAGGGAGUCCAAGAAAACAUCCAACCCUUUUACGACAUUCAUGAAUUUGUCAAAAGCGUUGACGUGGCCAUUGACCAGGACGGACGCGGUCGUCGACCUUUCAUCUUCUCCGUUACCCACGGCUGGCCGGCGGAUUCUGUGUUGGCCCUGAUGAUGGACUAUCUAGAAGACGGAGAUAUCAUACUUGAUGGAGGCAACGAGAAUUACCGAAACACCGAACGGAGGCAAGAGGAAAUGGAGAAACAAGGAGUUAGCUGGAUUGGAAUGGGUGUGUCAGGGGGGAACCAUUCGACAAGACAUGGGCCUAGUCUAGCCCUUGGGGGAGACUCUGAUGCUAUUCGGGCUGUGAUACCCCUGAUGAAGGAAUUUGCGGCCCAAGAUGCCCGAACAGGUGAGCCGUGUGUAGCCAAUGUUGGAACCAGAGGUGCAGGCCACUACGUCAAAAUGGUCCAUAACGCGAUUGAGAAUGGGAUGCUGUCCACCAUCUGUGAAGCAUGGGCACUAUUGCACUAUGGCCUAGGCAAAUCGUACGACGAAAUCGGUGAUAUUUUCGAGAAUUGGAAUUCAGAAGGACCUCUACGGAAUACGUUUCUCUUGCAAAUAGGAGCCAAUAUCUGUCGAGAAAAGAAGGAGCAGGAAAGGCCUGAGAAGGAUGAUGGCAAACAAAGGCCAGCUGAUAAGACUUAUAUGCUCGACGAGGUGCCUGAUGCUGUAGGACAUGACGACGAUGAUACCGCUGGUACACUAUACUGGUCGGUAAUGGAGGCCGCAGACCGGCACGUCUCUGCUCCAAGCAUCGCAGCCGGCCAGUUCCUCAGAGUCUCCAGUGGGAAUAGGAGACAACGGCUCAAAGUCGCUCAGAAACUGGAUAUUGCUCCUCCAAAGAAACUCACGCACAUUCACGAUGUCCCGACCUUCGUCGAACAGCUUCGAGAUGCAACUUACAUCUCCAUUCUGGCUUCAUUCUGCCAGGGACUAGAACUGACAGCUCGCGGGUCCAAAGAUGAGAAAUGGAAUACAAAUCUGGGAGACUGCUUGAAGAUCUGGCGAGCUGGUUCUAUCAUCCAGGCAGAGUAUAUAUCAGACUUGUUGAUGCCAGCCCUGACCUCAGGCGCUCAUAUUAUGAAUAUGAAACUGGUCGAUGAAGUUGCCGCAGCUAUAAACAAGAACUUCGAUUCCCUGAAGCAGGUCGUCUUGAAGGGUACAGAGUCUGAUGCGUAUAUCCCCUCAUUGUCAGCGAGCUUGGAGUAUCUAAAGUAUGAAGGAGCAAGAAUGCUGCCGACUCAGUUUAUGGAAGCCGAACUGGCCUUCUUCAACGCUCAUCGUUAUGACUGGCCCGGUGUCAGGGGGUAG